AUGAAGCGUGUCACAGCGGUUGCUACCCUCGCGGGCACUUUCGUGCAUAUACUGAGGGCGUCCGCAAAGUUGCCGCCGUACUACCACACGACGGCCCAGCUCAAAGAUGAGCUGGAGAAAUUAGCGAACGGCUGCGAAGGAUUUAGUGUGCACCACGAACCAAUAGACGACGGCCACACUAUUGAAUUCGUCACUGUCUCGCGAGCAAGCAACAAUCCAGACAGAUUCUUCAUGUUGGCGGGUGAACACCCGAGAGAACUAAUUUCCGCGGAAAGCGCCCUGCACUUCCUUCAGGUCUUGUGUGGAAAAGAGACGAAGCUGGCCGACAAAGCAAGAAAAGUGCUUCAGCACACGAGCUUCCAAGUCGUUGUGAAUGGAAAUCCGAUUUCGCGGGCGAAGGUGGAGGCGGGUGACUAUUGUCUGCGAGGGAACGAGAACAACGUCGAUUUAAACCGCAACUGGGCAGAUCAUUGGGCCUCUGCCGUGACAAGCGCAGAAACGAAUCCUGGAAACAGGGCUUUCUCUGAGCCUGAGACUCAAGCAUUUGCCAAAGCAGUCACGUCGUUCAGGCCAGACAUCUUCCUCUCUGUGCACUCUGGUGAGCAAUCUUUGGUUUCCGUCUGGAACGAGGCUUGGCUGACCGUGUGUUAA